UUACGACGAAAAGUCAUACAUGUGUGAUUACGAAAAUGGAAACUGUCCUGAGAAUUUGUUCCAAACCAUUGCAGAGUACACUAUGUAGACUUCAUGUUUUGUCUAAUCCACAUUCGUGCAGUAGCCCUUUGACUGCUGUGGGUGCCAUGUUUACCAGGUCAUACUAUGCUGAUUGGAAGAUGAUUAGAGAUGUGAAGAGAAGACGACUUGUCAAAGAACAUCACAGGGACAGACUACGCUUCAACUGUAUCCGCAAGAACACCAUCCUCCCAGAUGAGAUACGAGAGGUUGCAGAUCAAGAGAUAGCAACUUUCCCUCGAGACAGCUGCCAUGUUAGGAUACGUGAUCGAUGUGCCAUCACUUCAAGACCAAGAUCUGUUCUCAAGAGAUGGAGACUCAGUCGUAUCGUAUGGAGAUCCAUCGCUGAUAUAGGAAACAUGUCAGGCGCCCAAAGAUCUACGUGGUAGACAACCUAUUGGAAGUGGACGAUGUGCAGUGAACUGACAUGAGAAGAGAGGAAUUCAAGGCCAAUUCUUGUUUUGAUAUUUGCUGCCUUAUGUUCAAAGACGAGGCAUUUGAAGACCAACUUAUGAAAGAAGAGCAAUGUUACCUGUGGUAGAGAAAGGACAUGAGAUAUGAGGUUCUUUAGAGAUAUUGGCUUUGUUUAACUCAUUAGCUGUGGGAACCGGGUAGUCCCUUUAUAAAACCUAUGGGGAUGAGAGAAUUUAGUAGCUAUUGGGUUAAUAACAGGAAAACAGAGAUAGUUUACACCUUCAUUUCACCUUAUACAUAAUAAGAUACCACGAUUGCAGUUGUUUUUAAUCUUCUGUUAAUACAUGGAAUCUGAAGAAGAAAAAAAAAAUCAUUUUUACCUUGGUGCCAGAAGGAUCUUUGUAAAGAAGCUAUUUUACCCCCUCACACUCUCAAAUUUUAAAACAAUAGAGUCAAAUUAAGUUGUGUAUGUUUAUCAUUUAGUAUACAGAUGAUUAGAUCUUUCCUUUUCAUUGUUUCUGAUCCCCCAUAAUCCUUUUGACACUUUAUUUCCCCUUUCUUUUCUUUUCUUUUCUUCCCUUCUUCCACAAUUUACUGGAAAACUUUAUUUAAUUCUGAACAAAACAAAAAUUGAACUUGUGUAUCGAAGACCAUGCAUUAUACAUUGUAUAUGUUCAUGAAGCUAUGAAUUGUACAAUAAGUUUAUACAAUUACUGACAAUAAUGUAUAAUAAAGAGCAUAAACUCCCAAUCACAUUA